UUCAUAUUCAUAACACAUUCUCCUCAUUCUCUUUUUUUUUUUCUCUCUUUUCUCUAACAAACAUCUUUAUUCUUUCAUUUUCUUUCCUAAAUUCUUUUUUUUUUCUUUUUCAUAUCUCUCUUUUUUAUUAUUUACUCAUAAAGAACCCCUUCAGUUUUCUUCCUCAUCCAGAGAAACCUGAGUUCCACAAUCAGGUUUCUCCUGGAACACCAACCAAAAAAUCUUCAAGGUUUAGCGGCAUGGAUAAUCACGUAAGCGUUGAAAUUACAGAACAAGAUACUUUUGAAACUCCUUCACUGAUUAAGUUUAUAUCAUCACAUGAACUUGAUGGUUUUGAUACAUUUCACUCUCAGUUUCCAAGCCCAGCUCGCAAAGACUCUGAACCAUCCUCACCAACAAGCUUCCAAGAUGAACCAUUAGUCAACAAUCAUCAAAGAAAACCAUCUGUUUCUAUAAGCAUGCCACUUUCUGCAGAAGAAGUUCAACUUCAAAAUGAGAGUAGCGACAAGAAAGUUUUCUUUAGUGGAGAAACUGUUAUCAUCAAAGAUAAAAAGCCAUCAAGAACCGCGAGUUCUCUCCCUCCGAAAAACCCGAAAUGUUACUCUCAACCGAUGCCAAAAGGUAUGGUUCGCCAAGAAGGUUCUCAAACUCAAAAGGGGAAUAGUAGUCAUCAUAAUCAACCUGGAAUCAAAAUGUUUCGAGAUAAGAGGUUCGACUCGUUUAAAACAUGGUCUGGUGGACUCGAGAGACAGUUAACGAUUCUGCGCGGUAAAGAACCGGGUGCAAGUGCACAUGAUGGCAACAACUCUACAAGAAGCAUUGACAGGGCUUUACCUGUUGAUAGGUAUUUCGAUGCCUUGGAAGGUCCCGAAUUAGAAACUCUUAAGUCAUCAGAAGAGAUAAUGCUUCCUCAUGACAAACGAUGGCCGUUUCUUCUCCGGUUCCCCGUUUCAUCGUUUGGUAUAUGCCUCGGAGUUAGCAGCCAAGCAAUUCUCUGGAAAACACUGGCCACAUCGCCUGCAACUGAAUUUCUUCGCGUAACUCCCAUAAUAAACCUAAUCUUAUGGUGCAUAUCCACGUUACUUAUUGCCUCCGUUUUCACAGUCUAUAUUCUCAAACUAGUCUUCUACUUCGAAGCAGUUCGUCGAGAAUACUACCAUCCAAUCCGUGUUAACUUCUUCUUCGCGCCAUGGAUAGCUCUCUUGUUUUUAGCUCUCGGCGUUCCACCAUCCGUCGCAAAAAACCUGCAUCAUUCUCUUUGGUACAUUCUAAUGGUACCAAUAUUUUUCCUCGAGCUCAAGAUUUACGGACAGUGGAUGUCUGGCGGACAAAGGAGGCUCUCGAAAGUGGCAAACCCUUCAAACCAUUUAUCAAUUGUUGGAAACUUUGUUGGAGCGUUACUCGGUGCAUCGAUGGGACUAGUUGAAGGACCGAUUUUCUUCUUCGCAGUUGGACUUGCUCAUUACAUUGUGUUAUUUGUGACACUUUAUCAAAGACUUCCAACUAAUGAAACACUACCUAAAGAACUUCAUCCUGUGUUCUUUCUGUUUGUUGCAGCACCUAGUGUUGCUUCAAUGGCUUGGGCUAAGUUGCAAGGUUCCUUCGAUUAUGGAUCAAGGAUCGCGUAUUUCAUCGCCCUGUUCCUUUAUUUCUCAUUGGCUGUCAGGAUCAAUUUCUUCAGAGGAUUUAAAUUCUCCCUUGCAUGGUGGGCCUAUACUUUUCCAAUGACUGGUGCAGCAAUUGCAACCAUAAGAUACUCAAAUGAAGUACCAAACAUUGUUACCAAAUCAUUGUGUGUUGCAUUGGCUCUCAUCUCAACAUUCACUGUGAUGAUACUUCUUCUAUCAACAAUAUUGCAUGCAUUUGUUUUUAGAGACCUUUUCCCUAAUGACAUUGCUAUUGCCAUAAGUGAUAGAAAGAGAAAACCACAUAAGAAUUGGUUAGGUUUUAGAUAUGGAAGCCAAGAUUCUAAAGAGAUUGAAACUUAUUUGAAGUUUGUUAAUACUGAAGAUAAUAGUAGUGUGGAUGGUUCCACCCGACAACCGUCCUCUAGCUGCAUGGAUCAGAAUUCGCCUAAUUAAGGAUAAGGAUCGAUAUGGCUUUCAAAAAGAAUCCGCAACAAUCUAAACUACGACAUCAAAACCAUUAUUGUCUGCGGCGACCUUAUUUGAAAGGGCGUUAGACAUCAAUGUUUUUGACAUCUUUUAAUUUGAUGAUAUUAAGAAUUGUGAUGCGAAUGCGGCCGUUAUUGUUAUGUAAAACAUUGUUGGUAUGGAAUCAUAGUCUUUUUAAAAGACAAGAAAAAUUAUGAGUGAUGUAAUAAUGUUAUAUUUUAGUGAAGCAUAUGUGAGGAACAAAAGUGGUUUUGAUUGUUCCAAUGAUCAUGUGAUGUAGUAAGUUAAAUAUGGUUUGUGUAGGAUGAUUAGAUUUUUGUAGAAAUAGUAGUUUCCACCUACUAUGAAAAAUAAGUGAGGUGUUAAUUAUAUUUUAAUAUAAGUUACUAUUUUAUAA